GUGCUUUCUGUAGGUGAGAGGUUGGCGGGUCUGGGGCAGAGCCUAUCCCCAAACUUCCUGACCCGGGGUCACCCGGGGGCUGCCGAAGCUGCGUGAGGGGUCUGAAAAGGAGAACGGGAGGAGCCAGCUGUGUCUUCUCCGCAGACAGCUGGGCGCCUCCUGAGCGUGCCCAAAAUCAGUCUCUUCCUUUGCCUUCCCUGCACUUCCUGGAGGGUGGGACGAGUCCCUGUCGGAUUUGCGCCUGAGCAACAGGGAGAGCAGCCUUCUCGUGUUCGCGGCCAGCCUGAGCUUCCUUCUAGGGGCUUCCGGCCAGGCCAGCGCCAAGAUGUCGUCGGUGGGGAAGGCAACCCAGGUUCCCAAGGGCAAAGUCUACCACCAGAUCUUCCAGGCUCAGGUGCAGUUGGUGCACUCCUUGGCAGCCACCCGGAAGCGUGCUAUGGAGCAUCCUGUGGCCCCAAAGAGUGGCAGGCCACCUGUGAUGAAGAAGGUGGAGAUUCCCAUAGGGGAGAUGAUGACCCCUCGGCAGCAGAAGUGGAUACACAGCCUCCCCAAUGACUGGGUGACAGAAAAACCUGUUCUGUUAAGGGAAAGGGAAAAAGCCAAAAGGGAAAAGGCACAAGAGAGUGAGAACCAGAUCGCUGCCCGAGAAGUACGGGGCCUCAUGGACACCAUUGUGCCUGAAAGGACGAGCACCGUCAUCCUUGAAAGGCAAGAAAACCAAAAGAAGAGGAGCUACGAGCGUGCGCUGGAGAGCUUUCGUGAGGAGAUCGCACAGAUUGGGAUGGAAAUGGAGCCUCUCAUCUUGGACACAGGGGAGCUGUUUUUAAAAAAGCUGUCUGAGUUUGAUGAAGCUAUUGACAACCUUUUCAAAAAAGUGGAAAAUGACACCAGUCUUGAGGACUACACCAUUCAAACCCUGUUGGAGCUAUGGGAUAAGGUGGCCAAUAUGUUCCUGGUCCAGAAGCAGGAGAUUAAGGAACUGGAUGACCGGUUACUCUCAAUAGAGUUCUCCCGAACAGAUAAGCUAAAGAGUGUGUUGAAGAAAUAUGUGGAAAUCAUAGAGAAAACAGCUUACCUCUUACAGCCCGAUGUGUACAGGCUGAUAAAUAAAGAAGCCAUGAUCAUUAACCAUGCCCUACUGGGCAAUCGGCGGGCCAUCGCCCAGCUAUACGUCAACCUGAUGGAGGCCACCCUGCAGAUGGAGCUCGACAGCCGCCACCGCUGGCAGGGCCUGGAGGAUUCCUGGAAGGUCCUCAAGAAAGAGUUGCUGCUACAGAGUUUCAGUGAGUUCAUGGCCAGUGAGAGGAUCCAGUCUCCUCCAGCUGUACAGAAGGAGAUAGAGGAAAUGCUGAAGACCCAGCAUGCCCUGCAGCAGAAGCGUCAGGCUCAUCUUCUCACCAUCUGUAACCUCUUGCCCCCCAAGUACAAUAUCGCCAAGCUGAGCACAUGGCAGUCUUCUCUCAAUGCCUUGAACAAGGAGCUCGGUGCCUACCACAUGGACUGCAUGAUGCGGAUCCGCUUGCUGUAUGAAAAGACAUGGCAAGAGUGCUUGGCCGAAGUGCAGAACUGCAAGAAGCAGCUGUUGGACUGGAAGGCCUUCACUGAGGCAGAGGCCGAGAACCUGGUGAGCCUGACCUUCCAGACAGUGGGGGCGUUGCAGAGCAAGGUGGAGGAGGAGCUGGAGCUCCUGGAUAAUUCCCUUGAAGCCUUGGCCAAGCAGACAGAGUGGCAGAGCUCAGACCUCCUCAGAUACUUCCAGGAGGCCGUGCAGCUAUGGGAGGCACAUCAGAGUGUGCUGUUGCAGCAGGAGCUGGAGCUCGAGAAGAGGAUGGAACAGUCCAGGCAGAGGCGCAAUCUGGAGAACCAGGCCCAGGAGGUACACUUUGAUAAGCUCUUAGACCAACUGAGGCAGCAAAGCCGGGAAGAAACACUAAAGGCAUACCUGGAAAAGGCCAAAAGCUUUCUGAAGAACAUGAAAUCCAGAUAUGAGUGCUCUCACGUCCUCCUGACCAAGGAAGUGAUGGCAUACCCAGAGAUCAUACUCAAAGAACUCAACUCCUAUAGCUCCAAGCUCAGCAAGCAUUUCUUCAUUCGUGAAAUCUUUGAACAGAACUUGCUUGGGGAAGUCACUCUUAGAGUCCAGGGGCAAGAGGGAUAUGAAAAGCAUUCCCUGAAGAGGAAGAGGAAACCAACAAAAAAGCAAAAGGCUAAAGCAGAAAUAAGAAGUGGGGAAAGUGUCAGUAAAGGGAUGGAUUUUGCAAGACCAACGGGAGAGAUGGAAGAAGAAAAAGGUCAAGAAAUGGUGUCCUCUGGAGCUGAGGAGGAGCUGAGCCAGUGGGUCAGUUCUUCACAGAGUGACCGGGUGGAUGAGUCCAGAGGGCACUCUGUGCAGGCAUCAGAGGAAAUGCAGAGUGGAAGAGAGAGCUCCUCAGGAGCAUCCCUGAGCCUGGGAAGUGUGAGAGCUCCAGAAGAGAAGGUGCUGGAGGAGGAGGAGGAGGAGGAAGAAGACGAGGAGGAAGAGGAAGAAGAGGAAAUGGAGGAAAAGAAAGAAGAGGAAGCGACAAAUGAGGAAGAAGCAGAGGAGGAAUGGGAGAGCUCCUCUGUGGGUGAGGCAGAAACUCAAGAAGAAAGCAUGGAGGAGACAAUCUAUGAGGAGAUGGAGUCCUUCACAACGUCCAGUGGAAAUACUUAUUUUGUCCUCUUAUCUCUGGAAAACGAGGAGAGUUGCAAGAGGCCCCCUUCUAAUUGCUCGGCCAUACUCAUCAACAAGGCCUCCAGCAAUAAGUUCAUAGAACAAGUAAUAAUUCCAUCCGGACUAAUUUUAGAAAUUAAGAAACAACUUCGAGCUGGCUUUUUUGAACACCUUGAGAAGUGGUUUGCUCAGUGUGCCUUCAACACACAGGCGAUCGUGGCCAGCAAGAUCAGUGAACUGGAUUCAGAACUGGAGCUGUGUCUACACCUGCACAAUCCAAGAGUCGAGCACAUAGAGAAGGACAUCCACAACGUCAGGGCAGCUGAACUCUUGCUUCACAAAGAACGGUUGGAUAGCCACUGCGCUGGAGUGGCGGAGACACUGAAGAAAGAGAGGCUGAUGUUCUGCCAAUUCCAAGAAGAGCAAAACACUAAAAGCAAAAACUUUCACCGCAAGAUCCACGAUAUGGAGCACAUCUUUCUAAAUGCCACCAAGAGCCAAAAGCUGGUCGUUCUCAGCAGCACACUGCACCGGAGGCUGCUCAGCUACGUGGAUGUCACCCAGGUGUCCCUACGAAGUUUUCGACAGUACUUGGAGGAAAGCCUGGGCAAACUCCGCUACACCAACAUUGAAUUUGUCCAGCACUGCAGAUUGUUUUCAGAGGGAGGCACCUUUUCCCCUGAAGAAAUCAAUUCACUGUGUUUUCGAUUGGAGAAGGAAGCUUCCCGAAUAGAGUUUGUCGAAAGUCUAAUCAUAAUGAAUAUGGAGAGGAUGGAGAGCGAAUACCUGGACCAGGCCAAUGAUGUCAUCAACAAAUUUGAGAGUAAAUUCCAUAACCUGUAUGUGGACCUUAUUUUCAUGGAGAAAAUCCAGCGGUUGCUGACAAAUCUCCAAGUGAACAUCAAGUGCCAGGUGGCAAAAUCCAACUUGCAGACAGAGGGAUUAAAUUCUUCUCUGGAAGAGCUCCAAAGCAAGAUUGAAGCUUGUAGAGAUCCAAGAGGCGAUAAGACGGUUGUGACAACAGAUGACCUCAUGGGCUGUAUCAGAACUUGGAAAGAAAAACUGAGCCAGAGGAUUAAGUACCUCAACUGCAGCCUGGACACAGUGUCUGUGACUCAAGAGGUCGAUAAGGACACUGCCUUGAGUGAUGCUGAGAUAGAGAGUGACAAUCAGAUGUCUUCAGAGACCCUCGAGGAGGAGGACAAGCUGGCCCUUGUCAACCCUGAGUCCUUUGCACAGCCAAGCCGCAUGGGGAGGCUGAUGAUUGAAGACCCUGCUGUGGAGGUGGUCAAGAUGAUCCUGCAAUUUCCCAACACAAGAUCACUUCACCAUUGUAAUAAAGUCUCAAAGCGACGCUGCCGGGCAGAAAGCUCGAUGAAGAAGGCCUUGCAGAGUACCAGUUCUACCUCAGCAGCAAGCAUCACACGGCAUCCCAAGCUCACCAAGAUGGAAAGAAGGUACCUCCUGCUUGGAGAAAAGUCACCUCCUCUUUCUGAAGACUUUAAAGGGAUCAUCCUGGCCCUCCUUUGGGAAAGCAAUGAGCACCUGCUGUCCGUUGCAGAGGAAUUCUACCGCAAAGAGAAGCACCCAGUCACCAGGCCUGACUGCAUGUAUGAGAAUCUGGACCAGUGUACUGACCACAUCAGUAAGAAGAUCCUGGAGUACCAGAGCCGGACGGAUGAGUACCACAACUCCUGCCUCAUGGAAUUACGAGUCCAGAUGAAGAGAUUUGAGGAGCUGCUGCCCCAGGUGUGUUGGCUGGUAACAGAGAAUUUCAAGGAGAAGCACUGGAAAAAGUUUUGCACCACCAUGACAGACAUCCGGAAAGAGUUUGAGAAGCAGGAAAAGCAGCUAGAGAGAAGGAAGGAUCAAAAUGCCCAGAAGCUCCAGCCAAAUCUUGGCCAUCCCAAGAAUCUCCAGCAAAUGAAGUCUCUACAUGAUUCAGAAAAGAAGAGACAAAAAGAGCUGAACAAUGCUAUCAAGACGACCAAGGAAAGACUAGAGGAAUUUGCCAGGAAGUACAGCCACUUUUUCAUCACCAGCUUAGCCACUUUCACCGAGAAGCUUCUGUUGCAGCUGGAUGAAGUGAUUACUGUGGAUGACAUCCAGGUUGCAAAGAUGGAGCCCUCCAAACAGAAAAUGUCAAUCCUUAUACGGAAGAGACUGGCCAGGCUCUCCCUGGAGGAAGAGAUUGAGAAGCCUCUGAUCGAACGUGGGAGCAGGAAGUGGCCAGGAAUCAAGCCCACGGAAAUCACCAUCCAAAACAAGAUCCUCGUUCAGAAGACACCCUCAAUAACCACCUCUAAGACCACCCUGGGCCACCUGGCUGCGGUGGAAGCCCGAAACACAGUGUACCUGAAAUACUUAGCACUAUUUGAGGAAGAGCUGAAGAAGAUCCACAAUGACAACGUGACACAAGUGAGGCAAGCUCAGCGCUGGAAAGACAGCUGGAUGCGCUCCUUGGACACCAUCCAGGGCCUGUACCUCUGA